AGCCCUCAGUUCUCCUUGGAGCUCAGCUGCGCCUGCUGCGGUCACUGCAGGGCCACCAGCGUCCUGCCAAGAGGGACCCGGGGCCAUGAUGGCCACCUCCGCCAGGCUGCUGCCUCUGCUGCCGCUGCUGCCACUGCUCCUGCUUCUGGGCCAGCCCCAGGCAGGGGCCCAGGCUCCUGGGGAAGCUGUGGUUUGUGCGGGGAAUGCCUGUUACACGGCCCACUGGGGCAAGCUGAGUGCCGCGGAGGCCCAGCUUCACUGCAGCAAGAACGGGGGCAACCUGGCCACAGUGAGGAGUGAGGAGGAGGCCCAGCACAUCCAGCACGCCCUCACCCAGCUCCUGGAGUCAGAGGCCAUCCUGGCAGCUAGGAUCGGCAAGUUCUGGAUAGGGCUCCAGCGUGAGAAAGGCAAGUGCUUAGACCCCAGCCUGCCGCUUAAAGGCUUCAGCUGGCUGGGUGGCGGGGAGGACACGUCUUACACCAACUGGAACAAGGAGGUCAGGAGCUCUUGCAUUUCCAAGCGCUGUGUGUCCCUGCUGCUGCAACUGUCCCAGCCGUCUCAUGCCAGCCAUCUCUCCAAGUGGUCCGAGGGCCCCUGCGGGAGCCCGAACUCUCCAGGAAGCAGCAUCGAGGGCUUCGUGUGCAAGUUCAGUUUUAAAGGCAUGUGCCAGCCUCUGGCUCUGGGGGGUCCAGGCCGGGUGGACUACACGACCCCAUUCAAGGCCACCAGCUCUUCCCUGGAGGCUGUGCCCUUUGGCUCCGCAGCUACCGUGGUCUGCGGGGCUGGGGAACACGGUCAGGAGGAUUACUUCGUGUGCAGGGAGAAGGCUCCUGAUGUGUUUGACUGGGGAAGCUCGGGCCCCCUCUGCAUCAGCACCCAGUAUGGCUGCAGCUUCAACAACGGGGGCUGCCAGCAGGACUGCUUCGAGGGGGGCGAGGGCUCCUUCCGCUGCGGCUGCCGGCCGGGCUUCCGGCUGCUCGACGACCUGGUGACCUGUACCUCCCGGAACCCUUGCAGCUCCAGCCCGUGCAGAGGCUCAGCCACCUGUGUGCCGGCAUCCCAAGGGGAGAACUACACCUGCCGCUGCCCCCUAGGCUACCAGCUGGAUUCAAGUCAGCGGGACUGCGUGGACCUGGACGAGUGCCAGGACUCACCCUGCCCUCAGGAGUGUGUCAACGCCCCUGGGAGCUUCCGCUGUGAGUGCUGGGUGGGCUAUGAGCCCAGUGAGUCGGGAUGUCAGGAUGUGGACGAGUGUGCCACGGGCCACACGCCCUGCGCCCAGCACUGCACCAACACAGAUGGCUCCUUCUACUGCUCCUGCGAGAAGGGUUAUGUUCUGGCUGGGGAGGAUGGCACCCAGUGCCAGGACGUGGACGAGUGUGCGGAAACGGAGAAUGGCCUCUGUGACAGCUUGUGCCUCAACACGCAGGGAUCCUUCCGCUGCGGCUGCCUGCCAGGCUGGGAGCUGGGCCCUGAUGGGGUCUCCUGCACGCUGGGACCCACCUCCCUGGCACCACUGCCUGGGCCUCCCCAGGGAGAGGAUGCAGGAGAUAGAGAGGGGAGAGUUGUGUAUUCUCCCACAAUGUCUAGGCCCAUCGGGGGCCCUGAGGGCACUUCCAAGGAGGCACCCACCACAAAGGGACCCUCCCUUCCACGCAACACCUUUGUCAUCCCAACUGCACCUGACAUGCUGGCUCCCAGUAGGCCCCCUGCUGUCUGGAUGGAGUCCAGCACCCAUCACCCCAUGGCCACAACUGGCCUUGGGGAGAAUACAGAUGAGGAUUUCAUGGCAGAACAAAGCGAAGACGGCACGGACGGACAAAAGCUGCUGCUGUUCUACAUACUGGGCACGGUGGUGGCCAUCCUACUCUUACUGGCUCUGGCUCUAGGGCUACUGGUCUAUCGCAAGCGGAGAGCAAAGAGGGAGGAGGAGAAGGAGAAAAAGCCCCAGAAUGCAGCUGACAGCUACUCCUGGGCUCCAGAGCGAGCUGAGAGCAGGGCUUUGGAGAAUCAGUACAGUCCGACGCCAGGGACGGACUGCUGAAGGUGAGAUGGCCCCAGAGACACUGACAAUCAGCCACCACCAUCCUCUGACCUUUACGCACCCCGUCACGUCAGAAGUGGGGGACCCACAUCCUUCCAAAAGACUGGACUGGAAUCUUAGCAAACGGUUGUAUACAUUCUUAAAAGCCUGACCGCUUGGAAUAUACAGGUA